AUGGGGAAAUUCAGAAGUAUUCUUCUUCUGUGCCUUGGCUUUCUUCUAGUCCAUGUAAGAGGUCAACGUGACUUUGAUUUAGCUGAUGCUCUUGAUCAUCCAGACGACAUAAUUACCAGGAAGCCUACAGUGAUCAGAAGACCGACCAGGCCUGUGCUGAACAAUGAUCUGCAUUUAGGAGAUGCUUUUGGUGGGGGUGACAUCCCAAGAAAACCUUUAUACCCACCUCUUCCACCACGACCGGGAAGCCACAUUAAUCCUGGAGGUUUUGAUGACUCAGAUCUCCUUGAUGGGAAGCCUUUACCACCGCUCAUAACAGGAGAAGAGGAGCAUCAUUUCAAUCAUGGAGGAAACACGGAUUCAGGAUUAAUAGCUGGAGUUACAUCUCCUAUAAUUUCUGCUUUUGUAAUACUCGUUGUUGGAUCGAUAGCGGCCUACUCCGCUUACAAGAACAAGAAACUUUGUUUCAAGCCACAACAUGGUAAGACCAACUCGCACCCCUGGCACUACCCGAGCAAUGGCAUCCUCUUCUCUAGUGGAUCUUUGGGACGCUCCCAGCGCGUGAGAGAUCAAACGCUGCGGCUCAGAGUGGCCACGCCGAUCCCUUGCAAACCAUCGGAAACGAAGGCUUAA